UGGCCCCAGCUCAGUCCCGGGCAGGAUCUACAGGCAACACCAGCCCGGCCGGACUUGAGACGAGCGUCACCACUGGGGGAUUUCACCCGCGAGUUUUAGUUCCCAUACGGGGAAAGUUUAUUACCAGAAGCCGGGGCUUUUUUUUUUGUAUAUAAGCACAAUGGAAAUAUAAAAUGUAUGUAGAUCCUGAGUGAAGAGACACAGGGGGGGACAGUGUGUGUGUGUGUGUGUCAGAGGGCGAUACAUAAGCGUAGAGCCCUUUGUUGCUACUGACAGUUGUUGGGGAGUGUGUGUGAGGUUCACCAGCCCAGGAUGGAGGCACCCGGCAGUUGGUGGCGGAGGUUCGUAGCGGUGUUGGGGACCAUCUCCGUGGAGCCCAUCAUGCUGCUGGAUGGCCUGGCCUACUCCAACAUGGUAGUGCUGGUGGAAAACCUCCAAAUGGACAAAGUAUGUCUUGUCAACCUCAAUCAAACGUCAGAGGUGUGCUCGAACCUCACAAACUACAAAGACGUGAAGGACAGCAUGAGUAAGGAAGUGAGUGUGUUCGCCAUGUACAACGGUAUCAUCACUGCAGUCAUCCCGCUCUUUUUCAUCCUGUUCAUGGGUGCUUGGAGCGACAAGUACGGCAGGAAGGUGCCCCUGGCGGUGUGCACCUUCGGCCACCUCCUCUACAGUUUAGGCUACCUGGUGGCCUCGACGGUCGGGACGUGGCCAGUGGAGUACCUGCUCUUCGUGGCCCUCCUCGACUCCUUGGGUGGUGGCACCGUGUCCUUCCUCACGGCUUCCAACUCUUACAUCAGUGACGUGACGUCAGAGUCGACCAGAACUUCUCGCGUGGGCCUGGCAAACAGUAUCUGGUUCCUCGGCGGCCCCAUUGGCACUCUGAUUGGCACUUACAUAUAUAAAGCCGGUGGGUACCAGAUGCUCUUUGGCACGUCCUUGAGCAUGUACGUGGUAAUCCUCCUAUACAUCAUAUUCUUCUUGCCGGAGAGCCACGGACCCUUUGCCAACGUGCAGAAACUGGAAAAAAUUCUGCCUCCGAAGCAGUCUCUGCGACUCCGGGAGAGCAUUGCUUGGGUGUACGGCAUCGACAAGGUCAAAAAGAAGAACGUUUUGCACACCAAGAGCGUCCUCAAGAAGGUUAAAAGAAUCACCCUCACUCUGAUGAUUAAGGACUUCUUUAACCCCAAGAGGAUCACGGAGAGCUUCAAGUGCACGCUCAAGAAGAGAGAAGGCAACGUGAGAAUCUACAUCCUGCUGCUCAUCCUCUGCAACCUGCUGAGGAAGCUGGGUCGAGGAGCCUACAUGUACCUGUUCACGAGGCAGGUGCUCGGCUGGCAGGCCUCCGACUACGGUCUCUGGGUCACCUACAAGAAUCUGCUGGCUACCCUGGGGUCGCUGGUGGCGGUGCCGGUGCUGAGCGCGGGACUGAAGGUGUCGGACAACGUGCUGGCGCUGGUGGGGGCCUUCUCCUCCGUCUUCGACUACGUCUUCUACGGCCUCGUCACCCCUGGCACCUUCUUCUUCAUGUGGCUCGCGCCCGUGGCCGCCCUCUUGGUCAACUCCUGCGCCAUCGCCAUCCGAGCUUUGCUGUCCAAGUACGUCGCUCCGGAUGAGCUAGGUAAGGUGUCAGCAGUGCUGGGGGCCCUGGACGGAGUGAUGCCCAUGGUCAGUUUCUCCCUCUACACCGCCGUCUACCACUCCACGGUCCACAUCUUCCCCGGGGCACAGUUCUUCUUCGGCACCUCGGCUAACCUCCUCAUGGUCCUCUUGUUCAUUGUGGUGAUUCUGGCGGAUCGAGGAGCCUCCUAUGCCGUGGAGACAGCCCAACCGCCUCAGCCACCGGGUCCGGUGACGGAGAAGAGCCUGGUCACCCGAAAGGACUCACGCUGGCUCUUCGACGAAGAGAGUAAUGGCAAGAUCCGCCUGGCGACGAUUCUCCUCUCCUCCAUGAACUUCAGCAUCGAGGUGCCCAUGAUUGAGUACAUGUACGGCCGGCCCCUCGAGACCAUCCCAGAGGAGAGCGAGACGGAGGAGAUAGAGGAGAUUGAGGUGGAGAAGGCCAACAGCUCCUCUUUUGAGAAUAACGCCUAUGUUAACGAUAAGGAUGAUGUCCAGAUUCACUCCUAUGUAAAUAAUUGUAAACCUUGUAAUUAGAAUCGUCACAAUCUAAUGUAAUUAUCGUUGUAUAUUAUGUAAACAAAGGAAAUUGAUACUAUUCAAUACAAAUUUUAUUUGAUAGUAGAGCAAGCGAUCUAACCUUAUUAUAUGAGGUUGUAUGAACACUGCUGUGUAUGAUUAAGGCCAUCCAUAGGUUAACCAAAUUGUGUGCACCACAGUGGUGUUUGGAGCACCAACCAUGACAUUACCGAAUCAUGCUCUCUGGCAGCUUGACAAGCCACUGGCUAUGAUCAUAUUAAUUGUAUAUAUAUAUAUAUUUUUACCAUUAAGGUGUACUUUAAGUGCCAUGUUCUUUUCAUUUGUUUAUUUCCCCUUGACAAGAAAAUACUUGCCCAAGUUCAUCCCAGACAGAGUCACGUGUUUUUUGCAUACGGGUCACUCGGCUUGUGCUGCCAUCUCUUGGAGGAGGAUAGAGUUGUUUUACAGUUUGCUGACUGUGAUGAACUGGGGUUGGGUUAUUGUCGGGGUCUGGCGACGGCUGCUCUCUGGUUAUGAUACUCAGCCACCUGCUCACUCCUGGGCCUACCUGCACUCUUGGGCCUACCUGCACUCUUGGGCCUACCUGCACUCUUGGUCCUACCUGCACUCUUGGGCCUAUCUGCACUCUUGGGCCUACCAGCACUCCUGGGCCUACCUGCACUCUUGGUUCUACCAGCACUCCUGGUCCUACAAGCACUCCUGGUCCUACCAGCACUCUUGGUCCUACCUGAACGUUUUCCUCACCAACAUUCUGUACAUACGUUCACUGUCUGGGUUCCCUUCUACGGAACAAUUUUAAAUAGAAUUCCUCAUGUAAGUUUCAGCAUAUAACUACAUUUACUCUACAUUUUUCACAAUUAUUUCAGUGCUUCUGGGGAGUUGUCCGAGACCAUUAAAGCCAAAAAUAACCUGAAUAUUACAAUUUCACGAGAAUUUUAUGGGAUCUUUGAGCGCCAUUUAAAAGUUCAUAAUGUGCUUCAGUCAGUGCCUGCUUCUUGAGGCAGGGGGCGCCACAACAUUAAUGCAUUCUAUAAGACUGGUCUGCCCAUAGGUGAUGUAAAGGGUUCUGAAUGCUCCUGAAAGCUGUUCUGAUGAUUUAAGUGUAAUGCCGCUGAUAUUAUCAUAUCUAUGUGUUCCACUGGGGGUAAGGCAUGGUGUCUGUUAUACCCCAAGUUUUUUUCUCGAGUUGUUUCAGGGAGGUGAGUCCCUUUCAUUACGUAAAGUCCUGUUGGUCUUCUGUUCCCUGUAUGACCUACUUGAAUUCUAGUAACUAAGUCUCGAACCAACUCUGCCAGUUGUCUAUGUCUUCUGGGUAAAUACUGGGUCGGUAACAGGGUUGUUGAUUUGUGGAACCAAUUACCGCGUAACGUGGUGGAGGUGGGGUCCCUCGAUUGUUUCAAGCACGGGCUGGACAAGUAUAUGAGAGGGAUUGGGUGGUUAUAGAUAGUAGCUGCCUCGUAUGGGCCAAUAGGCCUUCUGCAGUUACCUUUGUUCUUAUGUUCUUAUGUUCUUAAAUAUUUUUCAAUCUUCUUGUGUGCCGACUCUUUUCAUUUAUUUGGCAUCAGCCCAAAAAACAUUGACACGUAGGACUCUGCUUCUGUGGCAAGGUCAUGGUCAUCGAUGAGAAAUAAUAUAGGAAGUAUAAGACCGAUCCUUGGUAAGUUCAGGCUUGGUAUGCUGUGUCAAUCUUGCUCUCUCACCCAUUUUUCUCCUUCCUCCUCUUCCAUUUGAGACUCUGCUUCCUGUCUGUUAGGUACUCUUAUCCGAUUUAGACAUCUUCCUUAUAAUUGUACCUGGUUCCACACCUUCACGUUUAUGUAGUUGUCUCUCAUGAAGAACUGUCUCAAACGCUUUUUGACUGUCUGGUAAAAAUGUAGCCUGCGCAUCUAUCUUCAACCUAUCUUUCCAUCGUCAAUUUGUCACUGAGCUCUAUUUGGUUGACAAGGUACAAUUACCUUUCCCUACAGCUGCAUUAGAGAUGUUUUAUAAAUGUAAUUAUAAUUAGAUGUUGUGUUAGUCUUAUGCUUAUUAUUCUUUCAUGUACUUUGCAGGGGAUGUUUGUCUGUGACUCUGGUCUGAGGGUUUGUGCCUCCUUCCUCUCUCAUGUUUUGUAGACUGGCAUCAUUUUUGUGUUCAGUUGCGUGCGUGUGUGUGUGUGUGUGUGUGUGUGUGUAUGUGUGUGUGUGUGUGUGUGUGUGUGUGUGUGUGUGUGUGUGUGUGUGUGUGUGUGUGUGUGUGAAUAUUUCAGUUAAAAAAUAACAAUUACCUCAGCCUCUUGUUUGAUGGAUCACCUCUUAAACACCUGUGACAGGUAAAAACAUGCUUCUUUUGAAAAACAACGCCAUCUAUUGUACAUAGGAGCAACACACACACGCACGGCUUGACAAACAAAGGCAACAGUUAUCAUUGAUGGCUGCCUUCCACCGGACAAUAUAAGGCCCAAAUAGGUGUAUGAAAUAGCCUUCUGAGUGACCAUUAAAAUAAUCCAGUCGGUAGCAUCAUUUGCCCUUUGCUGAUAGUAAUAAUGGAGCAGAAAAUCAAACAAUGGAGAUGUGACAUGGAAUGUAGAACUAACUGACGCUGAUAAAAAGUAAUUUCAUAACAUAUGAAAGAGGAAAUAAUGCAGAAAUAAAGUGACCCCCUAAAAUGGACUUAGUAUGCUAUCAGAAUGAGGUUUUUAAAUUGAUGGAACAGAACAGAAGCUCUCCCUCUUGUUGUUGUUAAAGAUUCGCUACCUGGAACAAAGUUCCAAGUAGCACGGGCUAUGGUGAGCCCGCAGUGCCUUCAGCUCUCGCUCAGGCAAUAGUUACGACCGUGUCCUUGUCUCAGAUUACACAAGUCCGAAAAUUCAAAGUAACAGGGCAUGAGAGGGAUGAGAACCAGUUGGCAUACCAAGAACGAGACUAAAUAAGAAUCGACGAAUUCGUGAGAUUAUGUCAUUGUACCGAGUGUGCUGAAUUACCUCACUCCUUGAUCAAGAAUAUAUACAAAUAAAUACUUUACCUCCAUGACCGAGAAACAAGUGUUGUACAAACACGACUCUUGGUUCAAGGGGCAUCCUGGGUGUAGACAGUAAGGCAGCCUGGUACACCAGACAGCUUGGGUGUAGACAGUAAGGCAGCCUGAGACACCAGACAGCCUAAGUGUAGACAGUAAGGCAGGCCUGGUACACCAGACAGCCAGGGUGUAGACAGUAAGGCAGCCUGGUACACCAGACAGCCUGGGUGUAGACAGUAAGGCAGCCCUGGUACACCAGACAGCCUGGGUGUAGACAGUAAGGCAGCCUGGUACACCAGACAGCCUGGGUGUAGACAGUAAGGCAGCCUGGUACACCAGACAGCCUGGGUGUAGACAGUAAGGCAGCCCUGGUACACCAGACAGCCUGGGUGUAGACAGUAAGGCAGCCCUGGUACACCAGACAGCCUGGGUGUAGACAGUAAGGCAGCCCUGGUACACCAGACAGCCUGGGUGUAGACAGUAAGGCAGCCCUGGUACACCAGACAGCCAGGGUGUAGACAGUAAGGCAGCUUGAGACACCAGACAGCCUAAGUGUAGACAGUAAGGCAGCCUGGUACACCAGACAGCCUGGGUGUAGACAGUAAGGCAGCCUGGUACACCAGACAGCCAGGGUGUAGACAGUAAGGCAGCCUGGUACACCAGACAGCCUGGGUGUAGACAGUAAGGCAGCCUGGUACACCAGACAGCCUGGGUGUAGACAGUAAGGCAGCCCUGGUACAACAGACAGCUUGAGUGUAGACAGUAAGGUAGCCCUGGUACACCAGACAGCUUGGGUGUAGACAGUAAGGUAGCUCUGGUACACCAGACAGCCUGGGUGUAGACAGUAAGGUAGCCCUGGUACACCAGACAGCCUGGGUGUAGCCAGUAAGGCAGCCCUGGUACACCAGACAGCCAGGGUGUAGACAGUAAGGCAGCCUGAGACACCAGACAGCCUAAGUGUAGACAGUAAGGCAGCCUGGUACACCAGACAGCCUGGGUGUAGACAGUAAGGCAGCCUGGUACACCAGACAGACAGGGUGUAAACAGUAAGGCAGCCUGGUACACCAGACAGCCUGGGUGUAGACAGUAAGGCAGCCCUGGUACACCAGACAGCCUAAGUGUAGACAGUAAGGCAGCCUGAUACACCAGACAGCUUGGGUGUAGACAGUAAGGCAGCCUGGUACACCAGACAGCCUGGGUGUAGACAGUAAGGCAGCCCUGGUACACCAGACAGCCUAAGUGUAGACAGUAAGGCAGCCUGAUACACCAGACAGCUUGGGUGUAGACAGUAAGGCAGCCUGGUACACCAGACAGCCUGGGUGUAGACAGUAAGGCAGCCCUGGUACACCAGACAGCCUAAGUGUAGACAGUAAGGCAGCCUGAUACACCAGACAGCUUGGGUGUAGACAGUAAGGCAGCCUGGUACACCAGACAGCUUGGGUGUAGACAGUAAGGCAGCCUGGUACACCAGACAGCUUGGGUGUAGACAGUAAGGCAGCCUGGUACACCAGACAGCCUGGGUGUAAACAAUGAGGCAGCCUGGUACACCAGACAGCCAGGGUGUAGACAGUAAGGCAGCCUGAUACACCAGACAGCCUAAGUGUAAACAAUGAGGCAGGUAGUAUUGGUCUUACAUACGUUAGUCUUUAUUGUAUAGUACAAGUCUUCUUAUUUAUGUGAUAGUGCUAUUGUAUAAUAGUCUUACAUUGCUCCUGUAUUUUCUAUUGUCCCUUGUAUGAUAGUCUUUUGUACUGCCCCUUGUAUAAUACUCUUGUGAUAGUCGUAAUACUCUCGUGAUACUCAUUUGUAUAAUAGUCUUGUGAUACUUGUAUAAUAGUUUUGUGAUACUCACUUGUAUAAUAGCCUUAUGAUACUGCCAUUGUAAAAUAGCCUUUGAUAUUGCAAUUGUAUAAUAGCUUUCACGUUUGUUGUAGUUUGAGUGUAUAGAUUAGUGUGUGUGUGUGAGACACCAUAUGUGAUCACGUCCACAAACAAUGCAGUCUGUAUAAUAGAUAAUGUAUAAUGUAGUCCAUGAUGUAAUUUAGUAUUUGCAUUAUAUCGUCCAUGUACAAUAACCUGUAAAUAGUUUAUAAUGACGAAGCCAAUGUAUAAUUGUCCCCCCUGUAUAUUAGACCAUGUUAAAAAUUGAGUUUAUGUAUAAUAUAGUCUAUGUAGAAUAUAGUUUAUGUAUAAUACAAUCUGUAUAUAUUGUGCCCAUACACGCUUCUUGUAUUUAACGAAUAUAUUGACAUCACUAAUAAAUUUGGACAAUAUAUGUGAA